AAACAAACAAAAAAAACAACAACUCAUGAUUGGGAGAAGCUACAUCUAAUUUAUAUUUGUAGGACAUCGAUAGCCAUCAGUCCGUCUUUCUUUACUUUCUUUUUAUUACUAUCUUUUUUUAAAAAUUAUUUUUAGAAGAGCCCGAGGAACAGCAGUCGCCAUGCUUUCUGAGACAGUAACAGUGUGAGUUUCAGGGAACAUAUCCUAUUACAAAGAUGACAUCCUCCUGUGGUGCAAGUCUGCAAACCCCCAAGGAGAGAAAGGACUGAAGGGCACAGUGCUCCCAUCUUAGGCUAAAGCCAGGUGGUCCAGCAAGGAACAUGACGUCUAAAACUGAUGAUAAUCCUCCACCCUAUGAGGAUGCACUGCACCAUCCCAAGUAUGUAAACGACCCCCGAAACCCACAACAUGGCUCCUCUCUUCCACCACCUCCCUCUUACAGCCCCAGUCCUGGGCCACCAGGCUACUGGGCCCAGGAGGGUGUCUAUCCGCCAGCUGGGAUGUGGGCAGCCCCUGGCCACUCUCCGUCUGGUAUGCCCAUGACAAUACCAACUCUGUCUGGAGGACUGCCUGCAUCCAACACAGGAGACAUGGAUGAUUUUCUGAGCAGCCAGUGGGAAAGCACAUCUAUUCGGCAUGCCUUCAUUAGAAAGGUUUACUUAAUUUUAACAGCACAGCUUGCCGUCACCUUUUCAGUUGUCGCUGUCUUUACAUUUGUUGAGCCGGUGAAGAUGUUUGUCAUCAGAUACCCCGGCUUCUACUGGGCAUCUUUAGUGGUUUAUUUUGUGGUUUACUGCAUUCUUGUCUGCUGCAAAGAGCCGAGGAGGCGCUUCCCAUGGAAUAUUGUGCUGCUGGGAGUAUUUACUAUCGCCUUGUCUUACAUGACUGGAACAAUUUCGAGCUAUUAUGAAACAACAGCAGUGUUUAUCGCCAUUGGAGUAACAGCAGUAGUUUGUAUAGCUGUCACAAUCUUCUGCUUCCAAACCAAGGUGGACUUCACCUCCUGCGGGGGAUUUCUCUGUAUUGCUUCCAUUUUGCUCAUGAUCAUUGGGAUUGUUACAGCCAUCGUCCUCUCCUUCCAAUAUGUCCCUUGGCUGCAUAUGCUCUAUGCUGGAAUUGGAGCCAUCAUUUACACUCUGUUUUUAGUAUACAACACGCAGCUUCUUAUUGGAAAUCGGGAGUUGGCCAUCAGCCCUGAGGAGUAUAUCUACGGAGCUCUCUCUCUCUACAUUGACAUUGUUCACAUCUUCCUCUUCAUCCUUCAAGUCAGCGGAGCUGCUACUGAAUGAGCCCAUGGUUAGAACACAUCUUGUUGUCUACAUGUUUGGACUUACAGGAUAUAGUGUUUCGUGUUCCAUUAAGCAUAAUGCUUUGUGUACAUGUGUGACUUUCAACAUUGACCGCUGGUAAUGAAACAUCCCAUUAAUUUAACUAUAUAUGUUUAUUUUUUACAGUAACACUUGAGCACUUUGACUUAUUCUUGCACUGUUUGAAGCACAGAAUUAAGUCUUUCACUUAUACAAGCUGUGAGCAUUGCCUUCUGUAUAGUUAUUUAAUAUGUCGUCCUGCAUUUUUGUUUCAUAAAGUGGUGGUUUAAAUAGUCCAAUCCAAAUGCUUCAUGUAGCCAUGAGAGAUUACACGGCGUCUGUUGUGGGAGAGACAUAAUAUGUGCACGUUUAAACAAUAUAUAAAAGUCUGUCAACUAUUA